CUCAAAAAAAAAAAAAAAAAAAAAAAAAACAAAGAAAAGAGGCUCUCCCUUCCCUCGUACUCUCCUCCUUUGACUCUCUUUCCCCCAAUUCAUUCUCUCUCCUCUAUAUCGACUGCGAAUUCGACGCAAUUUUAUGAGCUGCUGCAAUUUCUAGAGAGAGAAAUUCCUCAAAUCAAAUCCCUAGAAUUCUGCGAAAAUGAUCCAAAGGUCAUUACAAAUUUUCGUAAUUCUAGGGUUUUUGCUCACCAUUACCCAAUCCCUUAGAUUUGAUCUUCAAUCUGGCCAUACUAAAUGCAUUUCCGAAGAUAUCAAGAGCAAUUCCAUGACCGUCGGAAAGUAUCACAUCGUCAAUCCCAAUGAGGGUUAUCCUUUGCCUGAUACUCACAGAGUCACUGUUCGGGUGACGUCGGCGUAUGGGAAUAACUAUCACACUGCAGAUCAUGUGGAAUCAGGGCAGUUUGCCUAUACUGCUGUGGAGUCAGGGGAUUAUAUGGCGUGUUUUUGGACGCCGGAGCAUAACCCGCCUGUUACUGUAACUAUUGAUUUUGAUUGGAAGACUGGUGUUGCUGCUAAGGAUUGGGGUAGUGUUGCUAAGAAGGGCACCGUUGAGGUCAUGGAAUUGGAGUUAAAGAAGCUAAUGGAUACUGUAAAUUCCAUUCAUGAAGAAAUGUUCUACCUCCGUGAUAGGGAAGAAGAGAUGCAAGCUUUGAAUAGAACAACCAACUCUAGGAUGUAUUGGUUGGGUUUUCUUUCAUUUCUUGUUUGUUCAACUGUGGCUGGUUUGCAAUAUUUUUACUUGAAGAAUUUCUUCGAGAGGAAAAAGUUGUUAUAAGUUAAUUUUAAAGCAUUACUGUAAAAUUUUCGAGAAUGUAAUAUUAUCUAUCGAAUAGUCAAUCCACUUGAAUUUCACGGAGUAUGUUUUUCAAUGAAUAUUUUUGACAUUUUUUUUGUCAUUA